GGGGGGAAGGUACUGAAAACUGCUGACACGCUAAUACAUGGAUGACAUGUGGCUAUAACCUCAUACAUGAGCAGCCAUUCAUGUUUGCCAGCACUAAUAAUGGACGUAUCUGUUACUUUAUGUGUAAUUACUCCAUGCAUGACGUUUAAAGAAAGAGGCCAAUUAUUUGCUUGCUUGCAGGCUCGCCCCUCCUCCUUUUCCUUCAGCUCGCUGAAUGCAGCUACCAGCAACAACAACAGACGAGACAGAAGGCAGAAAUACUUGCCGGAGCAGUUGGCGAGCGCAGGUUGGUCAGGUAAAUAGCUAGGGAAGCAAGAAAUUGGAACGGAGAAAGCACAAUUAAAACAGUUGUUUUCACUCUGGAGUACCUAAAUUUAUUUUAAGAAUAGUAGCUGCGUUGCUUUGAGAGAGAGAAACUGGGAUAAUUCAACUUUUGCAGAUUUGUAACUAGUGAUAGGUGUUACGACUGCAGUCCUAUAAUUAUUUCCUUGGAAGUAAGUAACACUGAACUCAGUGGGAGUUGGUUUUGAGUAAACCCGCAGUUUUCCAGUACAAACUGCCUACUUAGAUCUCUCAGUCAUUUCACUGAGGCUUGUAUUAGGGAAUGACUAUUAUCCCCGUGGCAGUUUCCUGUAAAGCAGUAAGUUCGCAGAGUUUCUGUCAACUGAGCUGGGACAGUCAGGGGGGGGAGGAGGCAGAGUAUAUUUUUAAUGACAGUUUGGAAAAUUUCUUUGCAGCUUGAAAGUCAGAAUACUUACUCCACCUUAAACUAACAGUAUUAUAGUGACUCUAGUUCUUUCUCUAACGAUGGAGCUAGCUAGGAGGAAAUUUUAUCUUGUCCCUUAUGCUUUUCAACACCUACCUGACAUCCUUGGGGGAGGUCAUUAGGAGGCUUAGGCUGCAGUGACACCAGUAUGCAAAUGAUACAGAAUUCCAUUUGCUAGUCCCAGGGAGGCUGUUGGAAAUCACCACAUCGUCAGGAAGCACUUUUGAGAUGGAUAAGGGGAGCAAGCUGAAUCUUAAUCCAGAUAAAAAGGAUGUGCUGUUGGUUAGGAAAGCUGGCAGACUGGGUGGUUAAACUGGCAUUGCUUUCUAAACAAUGUUAGCAAAUUAAGAAAGAUUUAAAAGGCAAUUACUGUAGAUUAAAUUGUGCAGAAUAUUGCAGUUACAGUACUAGUUGUGAUGGUUUUCAAUAGCCUCCAGCUACAGAGGCAGCAUGCCAAAGAUGCUCAUGGGGAUCAAGCAUUUUGAUCUUGUUGUUGUUGUUUAGUUGUUUAGUCGUGUCCGACUCUUCGUGACCUCAAGGACCAGAGCACACCAGGCACUCCUGUCUUCCACUGCCUCCUGCAGUUUGGUCAGGAUCAUGUUCGUAGUUUCGAGAACACUGUCCAACCGUCUUGUCCUCUGUCGUCCCCUUCUCCUUGUGCCCUCCAUCUUUCCCAACAUCAGGGUCUUUUCUAGGGAGUCUUCUCUUCUCAUGAGGUGGCCAAAGUAGUGGAGCCUCAGCUUCAGGAUCUGUCCUUCCAGUGAGCAUUUUGAUCUUACCAUACCUAAUAACAUGCCAGCUUCUUUGGCUGCCUAUGUGUUUCUGGGAUCAAUUUCAAGUCCUCAUUUUUGAGAUUGCAUCCCAGUACUGCUUUCACCAUUCUUUGGUUGACUAUGAGGGCCACUCCAUUUCUUUUGCGGGUUUCUUGCCCACAGUAGUGGUCAUCCGGACGGUCAUCCGAACUGAACUGAAUUCGCCCACUCCCAUCCAUUUUAGUUCACUGAUGCCCAGGAUGUCAAUAUUUAUUCUUGCCAUCUCAUUUUUGACCACAUCCAACUUACCCAGGUUCAUAGUUCUUACAUUCCAGGUUCCUAUGCAAUAUUUUUCUUUACAGCAUUGGACUUUCCUUUCGCUUCCAGGCAUAUCCGCAACUGAACGUCCUUUCGGCUUUAGCCCAGCCGCUUCAUCAGCUCUGAAUCUACUUGUACUUGUCCUCCGCUCUUCCCCAGUAGCAUGUUGGACGCCUUCCGACCUGAGGGGCUCAUCUUCCAGCGUCAUAACUUUUAUAUGCCUGUUGUCUUUGUCCAUGGAGUUUUCUUGGCAGGGAUACUGGAGUGGCUUGCCGGUUCCUCCUCCAGGUGGAUCACGUUUGGUCAAAACUCUCCACUAUGACCUGUUCAUCUUGGGUGCCCUGCUCGGCAUAGUUCAUAGCUUCUCUGAGUUCUUCAAGCCCCUUCGCCACGGCAAGGCAGUGAUCCAUGAAGGGGAAGAAAUGGGUAACAACAAGAAUUGUUCAAGUACAGGGACAAACGGAAAGAUAUUUAAAAUGUUGGCUAGCAGUUUGGGAAAGGACGCAGCUAAUGAUGCUAGGCACAAUACUACCUGCAUAUAGAGAUAAUUACCAGCCAAAAUUAGACAGACCCCUGGUAUCAUGGUGCCUGGGUACCAAAAAUAGAUGCCUAUUUUUGCUUUAGGAAGCCUUUCCCUGAGGUGUCUCCAGAAAUGGGUUUAUUAUUUAGAAUAUAAUGAUGGAAUUAUUGUUUUUAGAGCAUGUGUUUGGUCUCCUUCUGUUUCUAUCUUGUCCACCACUUUGAAGGCUUCAUGUCAUGAAAUGGUCUAUAAAUUUGUUAAAUGACAAAUGUAUCAGACAGAGGAAUAAGCAAAGACAUAUUUGCACUUAUUUCCAUUCUGUUACCAUCUGCUAGCAUGGGAUAGAGAUUUUUUUAUCCCUCUUAUAAACGGAAAGUAGCUCCUGACUUGAAUGAGGCCCAAACAGGAAUUUAUCCUUGACUCUUAGAGAAAUUAAUUAAGGGAUCAGGUAGAAAACGUAAACUCCCAGGCUUAUUUUAUUUUUUGCUAAGUAUGCACAUUCUUAAAGCAAACAUCUUAGCUUAUCUUCUUUCAGAGAUAACAUAUCUAUAUUUACAGAGAGCACAUUAAUGCAAUCUGCAUUGAUAAAGGCAGUAUAAUGGGCAAAGGGACUUAUGGAAAAUGAGGUAAAAGGUCUUUUUUAAUCAAGAAAAAAAGCCUUACUUCAGCAGGAAGAUUAGGCCUAUUCUAUGUAAUUGAGUAUGUUUUAGCAGAUGUGUCCAUACCAGAGCAGUUUCUCCUUUCCCUUUUUAAAGUUUUCUUUCUAGUGAAAAGCCUUUUGGUUCAGAAGAUAUGAGUCAGCAAACAGAGCACAAAGUUCAGAAGAAAACAAGUCAAUUGUCACUUUAUGGGCCUUCAGGGUUCUCUCGGACAGUUUUUGGUCCAGCACAGAAACCAGGCAGGCUGCACUUUUCCCUGACCUUGUAUUUCUCUCAGGAUUGCCAACACCUGAUCUAGGGGCAUGUCAGAUGAGGUCCUUUGAAAAUCCAUGUUCUGUAUUCUGAAAGUGUACUAAAGAUCAGACCAGACAUCUAUGCCUUCUAGGCCAACCACUUAUUCUCCAGGGUGAUCUUAUAAUGAUAUAAAUUUUAAUGGGUCUACUCUGAGGAAAACUUAGUUGAACAACAUCCAGAUCGUUUGUGUUAUGAAAUAAUAUAUUCUGGAAAUAAUAUAUUCUCUUUGGUCCUUUGAAAAUGCACCUGAUUUUGCUCUCUGCUUUGUCCUUGAAAUUCCGUUGACACAAAGGGGACUGCAAAAUGUUCAGGAUUCAGAGAGAAUAUAAAGCACGUUCACAAAAUAAACUACCUCCAUAUCUUCAAAAUGACAUCACUGGCGUCCACCAUUCAUGCUCAAAUGUUCAUGUUGUCUAACCCACGUUCUUAAGUACAGGUGUACCUUGGACCUUGGAUUCCUGCAGCCAAUCAGAAGCCGCAAUUUAGUUUUCGAACGUUUUGGAAGUCAAAUGGACUUCCGGAACGGAUUCCAUUCAACUUCCAAGGUACGGCUGUAUAUAGGAAGAGUCAUAGGAGAACCUUGGGUGUGCAUGUGUUUAUGAACCAAUAAUGGGCAUCUGAGACAAUAGCAGAAGUGGGGAAAUAUGCAUAUGAAUUUGUUCUUUGUGAAAACUGCUAUAGUUUUGCCUAGAAGGCUGUUGUGUAAUGCUAAGGGAUGGUCGAGAGCCAGUGUGGUGUAGUAGUUAAGAGCGGUAGAUUCGUAAUCUGGGGAACCGGGUUCGCGUCUCUGCUCCUCCAGAUGCAGCUGCUGGGUGACCUUGGGCUAGUCACACUUCUCUGAAGUCUCUCAGCCCCACUCACCUCACAGAGUUUUUGUUGUGGGGGAGGAAGGGAAAGGAGAAUGUUAGCCGCUUUGAGACUCCUUCAGGUAGUGAUAAAGCGGGAUAUCAAAUCCAAAUUCCUCUUCUUCUUCUUCUUCUUCUUCUUCUUCUUCUUCUUCUUCUUGUAUGUUGAGAGAUGUCCAAUGUUUUUUCUCUCCCCAAUGGCACUGACACAGAAUAGGUGUGAACAGUGUUAGAAACUCAGAUAUAUAAGCUAAUCACCAAAUGGCAACUUACACCUAGGUUACAGUCGCCACAACAGAAUAUCUAGGCACCUGUUUAGCAGUAGUGGUAGUGGUGGUGGUGAUGAUGAUGAUGAUCAUCAUCAUCUAUACCACUUUAUUUAUUGAUCUAAAAAAAAAUCUCAAAGUGGUUUACAACACAAAAAAAAUCAAUGCAGAAUAAAAACUAAUUCAAGCUCCAAGGGGAAUAGUUCAGAUCCUUCUCUAAGGGACAUUUUCCUUUCCCCAUAUUUAUUUACCUACUUAAUUUAUAUAGCUGCCCUAUAAUAAAAUAAUAAUAAUUUUUAUUUGUAUCUGAGGCCAGGCUCAGAGCGGCUAACAUCAUAAAAACAACACAAUAUGCAUAAAAACAGACAUCAAUUAAUUAAAAUACAUCUUAAAAUUAAUUCAGACAAGUUAAAAUCUGGGCAGGUGGCAAUUGUCAGGUUGGAGUUGAGAGUGGUUAAUACUUUGCCAGGACUAACUGUUUUCACUGAUCAUACAAGGACCUGUGAGCUGGUUAGGGGCCUCCUUCGGGCUUGUUUUAUACAAAGAAAAGCACGCCAAACUGCAUCCUGCCCAAAGGCCUGGCGGAACAGUAGAAGUACUCUGGGAAGCCCAUAUGGUGUAGUGAUUAGAAUGUUGGACUAGGACUUGGGUGGGGAAUCAGGUUUCAAAUCCCCACUCAGUCAUAAAGUUCACUGGGUGACCUUGGCCAGCCACAGCCUCUUAACCUACCUCACAGGGGUUGUUGUAGGUAUUAACUGAGGAGGGGGGCGAACCAUGUACACCUUAGAGAAAAAAGUGGGCUAUAUAUGCUUCUGCUUACCUGCUGACUGGAGGGGCCAGCCAGAUAGAGAUGUCAGUCACCAACCUGGUAUCCAGAGAUCUCCAUGUGGUCACAAUUCGACACUUGCCAGUCACAAAACACACCUGGCUAAUUUCUAACACUGGUUGCUGGGGAUCGUGAGCAGCAGAGGGCUAUAGUACUCGUAUCCUGCUUACUGGCUUCCCACAGGCACCUGGUAGGCAAAACUGGCAUGAAUGCCAAUAACAGAGCAGGAAUGGCUUUCCUUCAAAACUAAUGCAUCUAAAGCAGCCAUCCAGAUUAGAUCUCUAUAUGCUAAGAACCAGGCUCAAUCAGUGAAGAUAGCUUUGAGACUCUUUCAAAUGAAAGUCCUCCCCCUUCUUUUGGUGGGCAUCUCUUUAGGCUCCCGUAGGGAUUUUUUGAAACUGGAUUCUAUCCAAACGCGAUUCCUUAGAGCCAUCCUUAGGAUUCCCCCCUCGGUAGCGGGUGCGGUUAUGAGAUUAGAGGUCGGCUGGCAAGCUCUGUGGUAUGUGGCCUUGAAGACGAAGCUCUGGCUAUGGCUCAAGCUUUGUUUUAAACCAGUGGGUAUUGCCCCCUUGAUAUUGAGGGACGAUUUCCAAUCAUCGUGGGAAAGGGAGGUCAUUAAUGAGGUUCAAUCCUGCGGAUUGUCUCUCCUUUACUUCGAGUCUAUGACGUACAAUCAAGCUAGAGCUGUGAUCUCCUGGAGACUGAGUGACAUUGCCAGACAAGAGGACACAGCCCAGGUAAAACCAGGGAUGUUCCUAGGGGACCAGAUUUAUCGGACCAUACCAGCCCCCUACCUUGCAGAAAUCCACUAUGUGGAAUACCGUAGACUUCUUACAGCGGCUGGAUUAAAUGUCCUUGACUCUGCGAUAUUGUGGGGAAGGUACAGGGGAGUACCAUACGCCCAGAGAACUUGUCAUUGUGCCAUGGGGAUGGUUGAGUCCACCGAACACAUUCUCUUGACUUGCCCUUCUUAUGCAGAGCUUAGACAAAAUUUUAUAGACCCACUCCUAUGUCAAUUCAGCUUCCUACCCGGAGAAAACCAGGUUUUACACUUGCUGAAUAACGCCACUAGAGCUAUACCUUCCUUGGUGGCCAAAUUUCUCUUCUUAGCUUUUAAGCGUCGCAAGACUAUAAUUGACUGUAUUGAUAUGGGGCUAUCUGUUUAGCCCAUUUUAGUGUUGGCUAAGUUUUAAAAUCCGUUGGCUAAGUUUUAAAAUCUUCCUGGAUGUUUUUAACUGUGUAUUGACAAAAUGUACUUUUUUCUGACUGACGGUCGAAUAAAAAGGAUGAUGAUGAUGAUGAUGUCCUAAUCAAAACUCUUGUGGAGCGUUGUGUAAGAAAUUGCUUUAAGCAGUUAGGCAACUCCCAUAAUCUGAAAAUGGAUUUUGAAAGAGAAAUUUCUCAAGACAUGUUCUGUUUAUGAGGACGAGAAUGGGUUUGUGUACUCAUUGAAGAUUGGCAUCGUUUCAAUAAUUACAGAGGCGUAGUGUGGGAGAGGCAUUGGGGCCAUGGCCCCGAGCCAACAUUUUUGAAGGGGUGCAAUCAGGUGCCCCCAUGACAGGCAAGGAACCCUGGCAGUGCGCACCCCAACCCCAGCUGCCCAGUCUACGGGGGGGGGUGAGACCGCCCCAGGUGUCAGCAAUCCACGAGGCCACUAGAUGAGUACAGUGGUACCUCUGGUUAUGAACUUAAUUCGUUCCGGAGGUCCAUUCUUAACCUGAAACUGUUCUUAACCUGAAGCACCACUUUAGCUAAUGGGGCCUCCUGCUGCUGCCACGCCGCCGGAGCACGAUUUCUGUUCUCAUCCUGAAGCAAAGUUCUUAACCCGAGGUACUAUUUCUGGGUUAGCGGAGUCUAUAACCCGCAGUGUUUGUAACCCGAGGUACCACUGUAUAGGCUUUUCCCAUGGCCUUGACUGGCACAAUCAGAUUAUAAGUCAUGAACCCUCAUCUUCAAUCCCAGUUUCAGUUUAAUUUUGUGUAUUGAUUUGCAUUUCAGAUGAUGAAGGAAGGUGCUACAUGCUGGGAACCUAGCUCCCGAGGACAUCAGAGACAGGUAAAAGGUACCACUCCCACAGCUUUCAGUGGUACAGUUUUAAAGUUGAUAGGGAAAGGUGCCGAAUUCCAAAAGCAGAGAAUUCAAUCCAUAGCUACAAAGGAAUUUUGGAAUGCGCUCAGAGUGCGCUCCUGAUGCUUCCUUUUGAAUUCGCUGCAUUAUUUUUCUUUAUUCAUUUUUAUAUACCACUUAUAUCCCAAAAUAUAACUGGUGUACAACUACAAAAUCAAUACAGAAUUAAAAUACACAGUAACAGUUCCUUUGGGGCGUGCAGGCCUGGAUUUGAGCAGGGAGAGCAAGAUAGCUUUCCAUUAUUUUCAUUUAUUUCAUAAAAUGUAUCUAAUGCUUGAUUGUAUAUAUAUUUUAAAACCUCAAAGAGAUUUACAAACAGAAUAAAACAAUAACAUGCAGUAAAUGGAGGUGCCAGGGAAUCCCCACAUUACAGUAAUCCAGUCUUGAACUAUCCAAUGCAUAAACUACUGUGGCCAAGUUUCCCAGUUCAGGAAUGGUCAUGGCUGUUGUACCAUUUUCAGUUGGUAAAAGGCACUUCUAGCCACUGAGGCUACCUCCAAUGAUCCAACUACCUUCUGGAGUUGGAUCCAGAAGCCCCCCCCCCAAACUGUGAAUCUGCUCUUUCAGGGGCAUUGCAACCCCAUCCAGGGUAGGUAGGCAGUUGACCAAUUUCUUGGACGUGGAAACGAUUACCCACAGUGCCUCUGUCUUUCCAGGAUUCAAGCUCAGCUUGUUUUUCUCAAAACUCUACAUUCUGUUCAGAUUAAGAUGCUGUGGAGAGAGAGAGCGAGCAGCUUGUCAUUUGCAUUCUGAGGGCACCUCCCUGCAAGAUUCCUAAUAACCAUUCCCAUUGUCUUCAUAUAGAUAUUGAAUAACAGUGGAGAUUAGUUCAAGCCCUGUAGUUACCCAUUUAAUUAUGGUGUGUGUGUGUGUGAUUGACGAAAUGGAAGCUAAACUAAACUAGGGUGUCACCUUCACCGGUCAAUAGAAUUGGUGUUAAAGACCACUGCUUAUUCCAUCAGAUCAAUGCUAAUAAUUUCUCAUCAACAUUUCAGAACAAUCCUGUGACACACCACCCCAAUCUCUACAGCAGUGUGAGAUUCCAGGGGUCCAGGCACUUAACCCAGGGCCUGAGUUUCCUUAGGAACUGAGGCACCAUGGGGACUGUGGUGUCUUUAUAAUAUAUGGUAUAUUUGCACAUAUACCGUAUUUUUCCCUCUAUAACACGCAGAUUUUUUCUCCUAAAAAGUAAGGGGAAAUGUCUGUGCGUGUUAUUGAGCGAAUGUGUGGUCCCUGGAGCCGACAGGCGCGAGUGAAGGCAAAAAUCAGGCAAAUAUCAAUCGUCCGGAGAAGGGAAGCCUUGAAAAGAGGAAGCUGCUGCUUUCCUGCAUUCUGCCUCAGGGUCUUACUGCCCACCCGCUUCUGUUUGUUACUGUGUUUGCUCAAACGGAACAAAGAGCAGAGAAAACCCCUCCCCUCCAGGCAAGAGAGGGGAAAGGAGAGCGUCCUUCCUUCUAAUUCCUCUCGUGCUCCGGUGCUGCAACAUGCAGGUGGGGGGGAGAGAGAGAGCUGGCUGGCUUGGGUGGGUGCGUGGGGAGAACUUUUGCCUUCCUUUCCUCCCUCCGGUAAAACCCCUCUCCUGCAUUCUUAGCCAGCUGCUUCUCCGCGCACCCCUCUCGGUGCUCCUUGUCCCUUCUAUGUUUUUCCUUCCCUCCCCACUUAAACCGUGGUUACAAAGCACGGAUCCACAUGGAUCCUCAGGAUCUUUGCAUAGGGUCACCCCAAAUUCACCAUCAGAUCACAUAGCAAUGAUCUGAUGCAAAAACAGGGCUGCAAUGGUGCAAAAACGUGGUUACAAAGCACGGAUCCACAUGGAUCCUCAGGAUCUUUGCAUAGGGUCACCCCAAAUUCACCAUCAGAUCACAUAGCAAUGAUCUGAUGCAAAAACAGGGCUGCAAUGGUGCAAAAACAUGGUUACAAAGCACGGAUCCACAUGGAUCUUCAGGAUCUUUGCAUAGGGUCACCCCAAAUUCACCAUCAGAUCACAUAGCAUAUCCAUGGCUACAGCCUGCACCAAAAAAAUCACGCACCCACUGUUGCCUGAGGCUGCAAUGGUGCAAAAACGUGGUUACAAAGCACGGAUCCACAUGGAUCCUCAGGAUCUUUGCAUUGGGCUACCCCAAACUCACCGUCAAAUCACAUGUCUGUGACCACAGCAUGAAGCACAAAAAUGAUACAUCCACUGUUUCAUUCAGAAUUUUUUUUCUUGUUUUCCUUCUCUAAAAACUAUGUGCGUGUUAUGGUCAGGUGCGUGUUAUCGAGCGAAAAAUACGGUAUACAUACCUGAGCCUACAUUGGGAGGUAAAAAACAUUACCCUCCAAGCGGGUUCCGUUUCUUCCAUGGCUGCUGCUUGGAUUCAAACUGUCAUCCCACAUUGCUCUGAUUCCCCUUUCUACAGCUUGGAAACUUCCUGCAAAGCACAACCGUUUUUCCUUUAGCUUACCGUAUUUUUUGCUCCAUAAGACACACUUUUUUCCUCCUAAAAAGUAAGGGGAAAUGUCUGUGCGUCUUAUGGAGCGAGUGUGUGGUCCCUGGAGCUGAAUUGCCCGGGGCGAAAAGCAGAUCAUACCUUUUUUUUUUUUUUUUUAGAAAGAGGGAAGGGGCUGAGGGAGGGGCCCUCUUUUAGAAAGAGGGAAGCCGCUGAUCUGCAGGGAGAUAAGGGACUCUAGCGAGAAAGGAGGCUGCCUGGGAGUGGGAACGUAAAGACAGCAAACUUGCAAGGAGAGGAGACAGGAAUACAGUGGUACCUCUGGUUACAUAUUUAAUUCAUUCCGGAGGUCCGUUCUUAACCUGAAACUGUUCUUAACCUGAAGCACCACUUUAGCUAAUGGGCCCUCCUGCUGCUGCUGUGCCGCCAGAGCAUGAUUUCUGUUCUCAUCCUGUAGCAAAGUUCUUAACCUGAGAUACUAUUUCUGGGUUAGCGGAGUCUGUAACCUGAAGCACAUGUAACCUGAAGCGUAUGUAACCUGAGGUACCACUGUACUAAAACAAGCAAUGAGGAGAGAAAUUAGAAGAAAAGAAAAAGGAUAAAACUGUUCCAGCUAAGGAAAAGAUGCUAGGGCAAACAAGAGGGAAGGGGGUGUUGAAACGAAGCCACUGAGCAGCUGAUCAGCAAGCGAUCAGGAGAGAGAUAAGGGACGCUAGCGAUAAAGGAGGCUGCCUGGAAGCGGGGAGGUAAAAGCACAUGGAUCCUCAGGAUUUUUGCAUUGGGUCACCCCAAAUUAACCAUCAAAUCCCAUAGCAUGUCCAUGGCUACAGCCUGCACCCAAAAAAACAUGCACCCACUGUUUCGUGGGGUCGCAAUGGCGCAAAAACGUGGUUACAAAGCACGGAUCCACAUGGAUUCUCAGGAUUUUUGCAUUGGGCUACCCCAAACUCACCGUCAAAUCACAUAUCGUGUCUGUGGCCACAGCAUGAACCACAAAAAUCAUACAUCCACUGUUUCGUUCAUAAUAUUUUUUUCUUGUUUUGCUCCUCUAAAAACUAGGUGCGUCUUAUAGUCAGGUGCGUCUUAUGGAGUGAAAGAUACGGUGCAUUGUUGCCCACAGCAAUCGUGAACCUACCCCCUCCCCACUCUGGCACUGUCUUUCUGGCUAACCCAGGGCUCAGGGCAGGGCUCUAGCCAUUGCCUUGCACUUUAUGGGCCUGGAUUAAAAAUUAAUCUUCCAGGUUAUCACCAGGCUUUGCUUACGUAAUAAUCAACAUGAGCUGCAUCCAAACCAGAGACUGACUCUCCAACCCUUCAUUAAUUCUAAUUAGGGUGCCUCGCACCCUACAAACCCACAACAGUACUCUGCCUAUUGAUAUAACACUUGUCAUUCAUGGAAGGAGGUUGAGAGCAAACACCUGCAGAGCUUCCAGUCUGUCUUUCCCCAAGGCAAGGAGCAGUAGCUUUUUGGAGAGUGGAUGAGCGGGGUGUAAGUUCUGUCAGCCUUUCCAAGGUUUUAUAUAACUCCUUUAAAGUACAUUCAUACUUGCUAGAUUCCCCUAUUCUGUGCCUCUCAUUCUCUCCAUUUUUUGGCUUAUUGACAUUGAAUAUGUCCUUGUGUUUUCUUGUAUUCUCAGGUAUGGAAGUUCUGGGAUUCGAUGAAGAUCGCUGCCUUUAUACUGGGUCCUGCCCUGCUCAUGUUUGUUGCUUUCAGGAACUCAGUCACAUGGUAAGUCCACCAGGUCCCUGGAGCUCAAUAAUGGUUUGGCCAAAAGGAAAGCAGCAACUACUACUGUCACAGGAUCUCUUUUGUGUUUCAGGCACCUGGAGAAAUUCUGGGGAGCCUCUGGCUUGUUCUGGCAGACUCAGUGGGAGAACUUGUACCACCUCCUAGGCAGAAAUGAAUGGGCGAUUUUCAUAGUUUGUGAGUCACUUUGAACUGAAGUCAGUUACUGUCUGUGUUUUUAAUGGCUCUUUCAAUUCUGUUAGUAUUUAAUUCCAUUUUAAUAAUGGUCUUUUCUAUGUUUUUAACUUGUUCUAUUUUAUCUGUGUAAGCUGCCUGAGUCUCAAAUUGGGGGAAAAGGCAGAAAUAGUAAUACUUAUAAUAAGCUCAUUUCUUAUCUAUGUAUAAGGGUGGUUUUGAAUAUAAAAGUAUUCCUGUAAGAUAAUACCUUGUCAUAUCUGUUCACCAUUGGGCGUGUGCCCCAUUGAAGCCAAGCUUGCUGAUACAUAAGUUAGGCAAAACGUCCUGAUUGCCCAGUAAUACAUACUGUCCCUAUUCCUCCUUUCCUUCACAACAUGCAGAGUUAUGUGAGGUGACUUAAUUUAAAUGUUUGGGGCUGUGGCCAGGGCACAGAUUAACUCUCCAACCCUUCAUUAAUUCUAAUUUUAUUGGAACAUUAUGGUGCCUCACACCCUACAAACUCACAACAGUACUCUGCCUACUGAUACAACACUCGUCGUUCAUGGAAGGAAGUUGGGAGUCAUUUUGAACUCACAGCUGUCCAUGGAGGCGCAGAUCAAUUCUGUGUCCAGGACAGUUGUCUACCAGCUCCACCUGGUAUGCAGGCUGAGAUCCUGCCUGCUCACAGACUGUCUCAUCAGAGUGGUAUGUGCUCUAGUUAUCUCCCGCUUGGACUACUGCAACGUGCUCUAUGUGGGGCUACCUUUGAAGGUGACAUGGAAACUACAACUAAUCCAGAAUGCGGCAGCUAGACUGGUGACUGGGAGUGGCCGCCGAGACCAUGUAACACCGAUUCUGAAAGACCUACAUUGGCUCCCAGUACGUUUCUGAACACAAUUCAAAGAGUUGGUGCUCACCUUUAAAGCCCUAAACAGCCUCGGCCCAGCAUACCUGAAGGAGCGUCUCCACCCCCAUCGUUCAGCCCAGACACUGAGGUCCAGCACCGAGGGCCUUCUGGUGGUUCCCUCACUGCGAGAAGUGAGGUUACCGGGAACCAGGCAGAGGGCCUUCUUGGUAGUGGUGCCCACCCUGUGGAAUGCCCUCCCAUCAGAUGUCAAGGAAAUAAACAACUAUCUGACUUUUAGAAGACAUCUAAAGGCAGCCCUUUUUAAGGAAGUUUUUAAUUUUUGAUGUUUUGUUGCUGUAUUAUUAUUAUGGGUGGGGUAUAAAUAAUAAGGUUGUUGUUGUUGUUGUUGUUAUGGUGCUGCAUCUCACCAAGGAACCUUUUGCAUCUCUUCCUAUGUAGCCCCCACUGGUAUAAUGCAAAUAGCAGGGGAACUUGUGGCCUUCCAGAGCAGGGGUCAGCAAGGUUUACCUCGCCUGAGCUGGUUCACUUCAGUAGAUCCCUCCAUGGGCUGGAUCGCGCACAAUUUCCAACAUCUGCGUUAUGCGCAGAUGCAAUUUUCAGCGCUGCGCCGGUUUAGCGCAGCAUGCGGGGACUCUCCGAGCGGGCGGCUCGUGGGCCAGUUAAAUGACCCCUGUGGGCCGCUUGUGGGCCUUAGGUUGCUGACCCCUGCUCCAGAGGAUGUUGGACCACAACUCCUAUCAGCCCCAGCCAGCAUGGCCAAUGCUCAGGGAGUUGUACUCCAAGAAUAUCUGUAGGGCCACAAGUUCCCUACUCCUACUAUGAAGCAUCAGGCGUGAACGUAAGAGUCUCUAGUAACGUAAGCUCUAGCAAUUGCUCAAGUGAAAGCCACAAUGAAAUUCAGUCGACAAAAAUAGAAUUAGUCUCUCCCUUCCGCUUGUCCAUUUGAACAACGUCUAUGACUGUGGUCUCUUCCCAUGCCGCUCAUUUCCUGCUCUUAUCCUUUUCUUAUUGAGCUGCUGUCCUCUGGUUAGGAAGUUUAGGUUCCAUCUCUUGUGUCUGAGCCCAAAAGAAGCCCUCCUGUCCCCAUUCACUCUUUCCCUCUUCUUGUACUACAGGCACUGGAAUAAUUCCUGUCCUGGUUUUUUGGAGCUUCAAUGGAAUCUUGAUGGUAGCAGAUGUGACUGGGAAGCCGAGUUUCAUCACCCAAUACCGCAUUCAGUUGGGAAAGAAUGAUCCUGUGGGUAUUUUCUUGCACAAAUAUGGCAGCCCUGUGUUUGUUUGUUCUGAGUGGGAGCUGUUGAUUCCUCCCCAUCACAGAUAGCCUUUCUAGCCUUUGUCAGGGGAUACAUCCAGCAGUUAAAAAUAUGUUGAUUUGGGUAGAUAUCAUUUUGUUAUUUUUAUCUGUUUCUCCAGGAAGUGUCUUCUUCCCUUCGUUAGCUCUGUGCAAUAGCGUAGACUGAGGAUAGAAAGUGAUUGGCCCAAGGUCACAUUCAGAGUGAGCUUCAACUCCCUGCAUAGGCCCUACGGAAUAAAAAUGUUUUCAGCAGACAUUUAAAAAUUGGAGCGGAAGACGGCGGCAUUUUUAGUGACUGCUAGUUAUUCUAACAUUUUCUUUAUAGUGGUGGGUAAAUUUAUCGUCCCAAUUGUCCUAACAGAAGAUGCACCUUCAAUAAAAUAAGAGAACUGUUUCCCAGUCCCACAAAAAAAGCAUCAGUGUUGUUCCUGUGCCUUUAUCCUAAUUGCUCCACAAGGACCAUGAAGCCUGAAUAUGCAGUGACUGAAGAUUUAGAACUUACCGUAUUUUUCGCUCUAUAACAUGCACCCGACCAUAACACGCACAUAGUUUUUAGAGGAAAACAAGAAAAAAAAUAUUCUAAACUAAACAGUGGAUGUAUGAUUUUUGUGGUUCAUGCUGUGGCCACAGUCAUGUGAUCUGACAGUGAGUUUGGGGUAGCCCAAUGCAAAAAUCCUGAGGAUCCAUGUGGAUCUGUGCUUUGUAACCGCGUUUUUGCACCACUGCGGCCCCAGGCAACAGUGGGUGCGUGAUUUUUUUGGUACAAGCUGUAGCCAUGGACAUGCUAUGUGAUCUGAUGGUGAAUUUGGGGUGACCCAGUGCAAAAAUCCUGAGGAACCAUGUGGAUCCGUGCUUUGUAACCACGUUUUAAGUGGGGAGGGAAGGAAAAUCACUCAAGGGACAAGGAACACGCGUGGGGUGGGUGGAGAAGGAUGCUGUUAAUAAUGCAGAAGAGGGGUAUAAGAGGAGAAGGCUCUUAUAGGAGGAGUGGGGAGGAGAGAGGGACAGAGAGCCUGUUUGCGAACAAACUUUGCUGUUAUUUAGCGAGUGGGGAGGAGAGAGGGACAGAGAGCCUGCUUGCGAAAAACUUUGCUGCUAUUUAGCAAGUGGGGAGGAGAGAGGGACAGAGAGCCUGCUUGCGAAAAACUUUGCUGCUAUUUAGCAAGUGGGGAGGAGAGAGGGACAGAGAGCCCGCUUGCUUUAAAGGAGCCAACCGGACAGGAAGCGCUUACACUCAUGUAAGCGGCUCCUCUCCUCUCUCACUUUGCUCCUUUAAAGCAGGCUCUCUGUCCCUCUCUCCUCCCCACUCAGUGGCUCUUCUCCUGCUUUGCUGUUUCAAAGCGAGCCACGGGGAGGAAAGGAAGGGGAACCAUGGAUCCUCUGCUCACGACUGCAGCAGAUCCCCCCGCCAUCCGUAGGCAUUCGCUCCAUAACACGCACAGGCAUUUCCCCUUACUUUCUAGGAGGAAAAAAGUGAGUGUUAUGGUGCAAAAAAUACGGUAAAGCCUUUUUAUUUGGCAAGUAGAGAGGAAAAGCCCCUUCAAGCCUCUAACUGUAGCCAAGAGUCUUCCAGGCUUGCAGAAUGUUCCUCCCAGCAUAGGCGGUGCUGUUCCACAUUUUGACCCAGGUUCAUUUUGCCUCUCCCCCUAGGUGGACAGAAAAAAACUGCAGAAUGCCAUACGAACAGCCCUGUUCAAUGAUGUUUUCAUCUCUCUGCCCAUGAUUAUCCUCAUGCUCCCUAUCAUGAAAUGGAGGGGGGAGCCAUGUAGUUUGCACUUGCCCACUUUCCAUAGGUUUCUUCUCGAGCUGGCAAUCUUUACGCUAUUGGAGGAAAUUCUCUUCUAUUACUCUCACCGGUAAGGCGCACAUUACAUUGAGGUAACAUGCUGGGCUUCCCUCCUGGGAGAGCCAGUGUGGUGUAGUGGCUAAGAGCGGUGGACUCGUAAUUUGGUGAACUGGGUUCGAUUCCCUGCUCCUCCACAUGCAGCUGCUGGGUGACCUUGGGCCAGUCACACUUCUCUGAAGUCUCUCAGCCCCACUCACCUCGCAUAGUGUUUGUUGUGGGGGAGGAAGGGAAAGGAGAAUGUUAGCCGCUUUGAGACUCCUGAAGGGGAGUGAAAGGCGGGAUAUCAAAUCCAAACUCCUCCUCCUCCUCUUCUUCUAAUGUGCAGUAUUCUACAGGCUAAAUUUAGACUGGCAUUUUAAGGCUCCGGUUUCCACACCUUCAAAAAAGUUAUUUCCUAGUUAAACAUAGCUAACAGGAUGCGAUAGAUUAGAUAGUGGUGGUGGUUGUUUUACUGAAGUGUAGUUGCCACAAUUGCACAUGUAGUGUGAAGUAAUCAUGCUGUUAUCCCCAUCCCCUUGUAUUUACUCGAAUCUAAUGCUCACCUUUUUUGGCCAAAUUACAUUGCGAAAAUUAAGGUGUGCAUUAGAUUCGAUGGCAUAUUUACAUUCGCCAGCAAAUACCUUUUUUGGCUUUAAGGUUCUGAAAAUUGAGGUGCGCAUUAGAUUCAAUUGUGCAUUAGACUCGAGUAAAUACAGUAGCUGCCUUGCAUGGUGUCUCAACACCAGCUGUUCUGCCCACAGAUAAAAUAUGGCACAUUGUCUCUGCUUCUUCACCUGCAGGCUUCUUCAUCACCCUCUCCUAUACAAACACAUUCAUAAAAAGCACCAUGAAUGGACCGCUCCUAUCGGUGUAACUUCUAUCUAUGCUCAUCCAAUUGAGCAUGUGGUAAGUGGCACAACUGGCAGCUGAAGGAAGUCUAAUGAACCAUUGCAAUAUCUGAGCUGCAUGGCUUAAUAAAGUUUCGGAUUAGGUAAUAUUGGCAAAACAACAUCUUAUUUAAGCAGCUUACUUAUAUUGGCAAGGGUCUAUUCUGGGAAAACUGGUUGCCCUUGAUAAAAUAUUAUUGAAAAAAUAAUUACCUCCUGCGAAAGAAAAUUCAAGUAGGUUUUGAAAUAUUUUUAGUAGAAAUACUGCAAUUCUGUGUUAACUGAAAAUUUCCUUGCAUAAUGAAGUAAAAAAAAUUGAGUUUUGUUGAUUAUUGAUAGUAAAGGACCUCUUGACGGUUAAGUCCAGUCAACGGCAACUAUGGGGUGCAGGGCUUAUCUCCAUUUUCAGGCCGAGGGUGCCGGUGUUUGUCAGCAGACAGCUUUUCUGGGUCAUGUAGCCAGCAUGACUAAAAUGCUUCUGGUGCCCAGAACACCAUGAUGAGUGCCAGAGUGCAUGGAAACGCUGUUUACCUUCCCGCUGCAGUGGUACCUAUUUAUCUACUCGUGCUGGUAUGCUUUUCAAUUCCUGGGUUGGCAGGAGCUGGGACAAAGCAACAGGAGCUCACCCCAUUGCAUGGAUUCAAACUGCUGACCUUACUAUCAGCACCCCCCGAAAGGCUCAGUGGUUUAGACAAUUGCUAAGUGCUCAUAUAAAAAAAAUAAAAUGUUCCAAUAUACCUCUGCAUAGGCAUAAAAUCUGUAUAGACUGCACAGAGACCACAGAAAAUAAUGUUCUUAGCUGUGAAUCUUCUCAGAGGCAUUUCCGUCUGCUUCAGGAAGGUUCCUAUGAGGUGCCAGUCAGGCAUUCCCAUUCACUGACCACAGUGGAAUGAGAGAGACGCAGGAGGAUGACUCUCAAAACCACCUCUGCUUUAUAACCAAAAUGGUACAGUCUAGGUGUAGGACUCUACUUUAAGGCAAGGUGGAACUAAAGGUAAAGGUAAAGGACCUCUGACAGUUAAGUUCAGUCAUGAAUGACUCUGGGGUUGCAGUGCUCAUCUCGCUUUACUGGCCGAGGGAGCCGGUGUUUGUCCGCAGACAGUUUUUCCAGGUCAUGUGGCCAGCAUGACUAAGCUGCUUCUGGUGCAACAGAACACCGAAACCAGAGGAGCGCAUGGAAACACCGUUUAGCUUCCUGCUGGAGUGCUACCUAUUUAUCUACUUGCAUUUUGAUGUGCUUUCGAACUGCUAGGUUGGCAGGAGCUGGAACAGAGCAACGGGAGCUCACCCCGUCACUGGGAUUUAAGCCACCGACCUUCUGAUCGGCAAGCCCAAGGCUCAGUGGUUUAGACCACAGUGCCACCCGCGUCCCUAGCGUGGAACUACUGUCCCUUAAAAUAUACAAACAAGUUUAAGUACUGCAUAUCCCAUUAUUUUCUUAGGAGACCUUAGUUGUCUGUUUGGGGAUAUUAAAAAGUAGUUUUAUUGCAGGUGGGCAACAUGACUCCUUUAGCCAGCAAGGAUAGCAGUACUAAUUAUUGAAAACCCUCUGCAGUGCACUUCUGCCAGGGAGCUAGAAGCUGCCUCGAGUAUCUCAGGAAAACUGGGAGAAACUGAAUGACUCAGCUGGAUGACCUAAUGGGUGAAAGACCAGAAGGUAGCUGACUACAGAUGGCCUUUGGGGGAACAGAAGAGAGAUAGUGGAAAGGGGUGGGGAGAGCUGAAGUGUGAACAUUCUUAAGGACCUCUCUAAGCCACUGCUUCUGGCUGGCCAUAUCCACAGGCCAUAUCCACAGGCUUCUGGCUGGCCAUAUCCACAGGCCAUAUCCACAGGCUAAGUGAACUGGUCUGCCCAUUUGAGUUGGAACAGCUUUCCUUAUUGAGUAAGGUGACUAUUUCUAAAGUGACUCAUCUCACCCUAGUAGAAUUACGCAGCAACUUAGGUGAUCCUGUAAGAACCUGUCUCUUUUGACCGUUUUAAAAAAAUCGGAGGGGGUUACAGGAAUCAGAAUUAAAGAGUUGGAAGGGACCCUGAGGAUCAUUUAAUCCAACACCCUGCAUUGCAGGAAUAAGCAGCUGUCCCAUCUGGCGAUCGAACCUGCAACCUUGGUGCUAUCAGCACCACGCUCUAACCAACUGAGCUAUCCAGAAUGAUUUCCUUUUCCUCUGCUGCCUCAAAAGGGAUCUCUCACAACAGGCUGAGAAGAGAAUAGAUGACAUAUGUCAGACAAAAAUAAGUAAUACGAGCCAAUCAUGGUUCUGGGAAUAAGAUGGUGUAAAAUAAGGCAUACAAAAGGUAGCCCUACUAGUCUCCUGUUCCCGCUUAUGGACUUCAAUUGCUACUCACCCACCCUGGCAUAUCAAUGAAGUAUGAGGGAGACCAGGCCUACGGUUCUUCCUUCCAUUAAUUUGACACGGCUGCUUCUUUCACGUUAGCAAGUGCCCAGGGCAGAACCAGGUUAGCACUAAAGCACUUUUGGAGCGGGGGAGUAACGUCAAAGGAGAUUUGCAACCAAUAUGCAGCGUCAGAUGUUAAAACGCCCAGCAGAUCUCUUUGAAUAAACCCUUUUAUCUGCACAUAGAAUAUAUAUGACACUCAAAGCACCAGCUUUUCAACAGUGGAGCAUCAAUCUUUGAAGCUCACCACCCUCUGUUUAGGAAUAUUUUCUAUGUACAUGUUCACCAUUAUGAAUCUGCACUUAUAUUCCAGGUUUCCAACAUGCUGCCUGUGAUGACUGGCCCAAUCCUCAUGGGAUCUCAUGUUACAUUCAUCAUGGUUUGGCACUCCCUUGCCUUUCUGGCCACCACCAUUUCUCACUGUGGCUACCAUUUACCUUUCCUGCCCUCACCAGAGUUCCAUGACUAUCAUCACCUCAAGUAAUUAGAUUUUGUUCUUACAGGCCACAUUUCCCUCACUCAGAAUGGGGACUGGGGGCGGGUUGAUGCAUACAGCUGCUGGAACGGACUUAAUUUUGUCAGCAUUCUUAGGACCGUUGUCUAAGCCUUGGCUGAAGUUCAACACACAAGAAGAUCCUAACUUUUCGCCACAGCAUCUCUGUAAUAUCUAUUCUAAUGCUUUCCAUACCCCCCUCCCCCCCAAACCCACUAUUAUCCUAGCAUAUGAAAGUACUCAAAAUCUUCAGGCAUAUCUUGUUUUCUGGGGUGGGGGUGGGGGAAAUACUCUUCUGCGCUCUGUGCUCAGCUACUUAUUGUGGCUUUAUGUAACUGGUCUCACGCUGCCAGAAAUGAAUUUGGUCUAGGCAAACUAUACUGCUAUCCAUGGGAUGAAAUAUUCCCCAACAGGCACUCAUAUAAAUAUUACCUCUAAGGCAAUCUGUGGCCCUCCAGAUCACUGCCAAUUCCCAUCAGCACCAGCCAGCAUGGCCAAUGAUCAGGGGUGGUAGAAAUUGAGCUUCAACAAUAUCUAGAGGUCCACUGAUUUCCUACUCUGGCUCUGUGAGUCACAUUACACUUAAGUGUAGUGUUUCUACUUUCAAUAACAGCAGUGUUUUACUCUUCCAAUAUGCUCUUUGCAACUAAAGCCAUUGCCAGAGUUAUUUGUGUUGGGGGUGGGGGAAGCAGCAAUAGAAAGUUUCCCUCCCAAUGCAAAUAGCAGUUUUAUGGGGUUGGGUUUUGUUUUUUGCAGGGUGGGGUGGGGUGUUUAAAAAAACUUUGGGCUUUUUAAAUUAAAAAACCUUCUGUAUACAACAUUCACAAACCUGAUAAGUCACUAUUGCGCAAACAUAUCUAUUUAAAACUAGAAAAUUUAAACAUGCAAGGCCCCCCACCUCAUCCUGCUUUCAGAUGGCAGAGAACUUCAAAGCAACAAUAUGGUACAAAACAAUAUGGACGAUCAAAAUUUAAAUGAUUAAGUCAGGGUUGAAUGGAAGGGAAACGCCUACAUUAUUACAGUAUGUUCACCAUUAUAAGUAUGUAAUUAUUUCCCUUUAUUUUUCACCAGAUUCAAUCAGUGCUAUGGUGUCUUGGGUGUGCUGGACCGCCUGCAUGGAACAGAUCUGUUGUUCAAGCAAUCAAAGGCCUACGAGAGACACACAGUUCUGUUGAGCUUCACCCCCCUCACUGAAAGCAUUCCUGAUUGUCCUAAGAAAUCAGAGUGACCCUUAAGUGCAGCUUAUUUCCUUCGCCAUCAUCCAGAUAAUCACAAGAAUCAGGAGAUAUCAGAUUUUCUCGCAAGGCACUCUACAAGAGUAUUGUGGCAGGUUUCAUGUUUUCAUUGGCAAGAGACAGCUUGACCUAUAACACAGCCUCUGAAAAGGAUCAGGGUAACACUCAUGUUUGUAGAGCACCAUGACAGAUGAAUGAAUGGUAGCAUCUACAGCAGGGGUAGGCAACCCACGGCUCCGGAGCCGCAUGUGGCUCUUUUACACCUUUGCCGCGGCUCCGGGGCGGAUACUAGCAAGGGGAGGAGGCGCAUUGUGCGCCCCCGACACUCCCCACUGUGGCGGGCACUGUACUGGCUGUAACGUUGCAUGGGGGCGGGGCGUGCGUUAGUCACGCACUGUCCCGUCACCUUCCCGCCCGCUGUCAGAUCGCGGCUCCGGAGAUAAAUUUGUUUUAAAUGUCGCAAUGGUUUUGCGGCUCCCAGUUUUUUUUUCUUCGGAAACGGGUCCAAGUGGCUCUUUUUGUCUUAAAGGUUGCAGACCCCUGAUCUACAGAAAUGGUUGUGGUUGACCAAGGAAAGCAAACAGCUAAAAGUACUGUAUAACAAAGGGUGCUGGAGGUGAGAGAAUAUACUUUCUGGCUUACAGAAAACAACCAACUCUCAUAGAAUUCCAAGUUAGAAUUUCAGCCUGACUCAACAAAGGACCAAAAGCAGGGACAUUCAAGAGCAUUUACCGUAUUUUCCUGUGUAUAAGAGGAUGUUUUUUGCUAAAAAAAAGGGCAAAAAUUGGGUGUCAUCUUAUACAUGGAUAGUGAAUGCAGAUGGGGACGUGUGAUUAAUGGAAGCAGCAAGCAGAAGAUUGGCAGUGGCGAUUGGGCAGGUGAUUGGUGGCUACAAGGCCUGCUGGCAAUUGGCUGUGGCAAUUGGCAGGCAAUUGGUGGCUGUGGGUGGGUGGGCUGUUAGUUGCGGCAAGUGGGCAGACAAUUGGCUGCAGCAAGGUGCGUGAUCAGCAGUGGCUGUGGCAAGUGGUCGGCAGUGGCGGGCAGGCGGGUGAGCAAUUGACCCACACCCCAAAAAAGCUAAACAACUUAAUUUCGGUUUUAAAAAAUAGAGCUCGUCAAAUACAUGGGGGUGUCUUAUACACAGAAAAAUACGGUAUUCCUAAUCUCAGAAGAAAGCAGGGGACUGAAAUCUGCCUUCUCCCAGAGUACCAAGCUGAAUGAGUAGUCCUACUGAACAGUACAAUGUAAGGCAUCAUGCUGUUGUAUAGCAAGAAGUUCUUGUGCUGCUUAACUGUAAAAAAGGCGGUGGGGGGUAAAGUUUUAUCACUCUAUAUGAUCUAUUAAAGAUUUCUAUCUAUGUUUAA